CAUAAUUUAAAAAGUAUAUUUCAUCAAAUAUACGAAAAACUUCAUGAUACACAAAAGAACAAAUAUGGAAAUAAUUCGGAUAUAAAUUAUACAAAACUGCGAGAAAAUUGGUGGGAAGAAAAUCGUGACGAUAUAUGGAACGCAUUUAUAUGCGGAACGAAACAAUAUGUACCAAAAAUUACGUCUGGUAAAAUUACGUUUGGUGGAGGAACUACUGCUCAAUCACUUGUAUGUGAAAGUAAGGAUCUCAAAAAAGAUUUACCUCCUGAUGAAAAUGUUCCACAAUUUUUACGCUGGUUCGAGGAAUGGGGCCAAGAUUUUUGUGUUGAACGCAAAAAACAACAAAAAUUAGUAGAUGAUUCCUGCAAAAAAUGUAGUGAUGGUACCUGCGAUAAUGGAUUGGGUUCAAUCCUUUUCACUAUAAUGCGUUCCAUUGGUUGUAACUGUAAAGAACAAUGUGACAAAUAUUCUACGUGGAUGGAUACUCAAAAAUCACAAUUUGAUAAACAAAAAAAUAAAUAUAAUCAGCUGAAAGAUACGUUAGAAUAUAUGUCUUUUACGGGUAGUGGAAAUAAAAAUGCACCACAAUAUUUAGAUGAAAAAUUUUUAGAAACUAAAUGUAAAGGUAACAAUAAUAAUAACGGCCUAAAGUUUGAUAAUCCAAAAACAUUUUCUUCAUAUCCUGAUGUUUAUGAACAGAAGUGCAGUAAAUGUAGUCCACAAUUAGAAGUAUACUUAGGAAAAAAAAAUGAUGGAAAGAACGAAAAAACAGCAUGUGAAAUAACUGAUAGCGAUAUCAUGAAUGGUGCAAUUGCAGCUCCGUGUGAUACUAAAAAAACAGAUAAAAAAGUAUGGGAUUGUAAUAUAACAAGUAAACUAAAAUCCCAUAGUAAUACAUGUGUUCCAAAGAGAACAAAAGAGUUAUGUUUAGGAUAUUUUGAAAACCCAAACUUUAAAAAUCAUAUUAUAUAUGAUAAUGAGAAAGGUUCUGUAAAUGAAAAAUUUUUAAAAGGUGUUAUUCUUGAAGCAAAACAAGAAGGACAAAAAAUAUGGGAAUAUUAUGUCGAUAAAAAAAAACAUUAUGGUGAUACCAAUAAAAAAAAAGAAGCAUGUAAAAUUAUGAAAAGAAAUUUUGCGGAUCUAGGAAAUAUAAUUAAAAGAACAAAUAUAUGGAAUAAAAAUGAUGAGAUAGAAAAUAAAUUAAAGGAAAUUUUUGAAAAAAUUUGGAUAAAACGUCCAGACGAAGGAA